AUGUUAGAUUUGCCAGGAAUCGUGAGUGGCGAUAAAGUUGGAUUUUUGGAUCCUCAUAAGGAGUGUUUUGGAAACGGUUAUUCUGGAGAGCAGUAUGUCAUCAAGUCAAGUUUGCUGGAUGGUGAAAUUCGCGAUCAGUUUAAACCUUUCCAGGGAGUAUUUGAUUUUGAUUUUCACAAAAAUUAUGAGUCGACUCUCUUUCGCUUUCCCCUACGUACUUGCCCGUCUAAGCUCUCACAAACAGAGUACACGAAAGAGAAAGUCGACAAGCUUUUUAGAUCCUUACAUGAAGAGGCAUCCAUUAUACUGUUGUUUAUGAAAAAUAUCCAGCACAUCAGUGUUCACGAAUGUAUUGAUGCUGACAAAGUCAAAUGCGUUUUCAAAGUAGAAAUUGCACCUGAAAUGUGUGAAUUUGUGAAGCAAGAAAGACAAAUGAUGCUCAAGAAUGCUGUUGAAAAAGAUCUUACCGAAUUAAGCUAUAUUGUCGACGUCUUCUUGUCAUCUGAAUCUGGGAAGAAGUGUUUCAAAUGGUUUGUACUUAACCAAAUUGGCUUGGCGGGAAAUGAAAGUAUGACAGAGCUUUCAGAAAAAUUAAGCCUGCUGCCAUGGGUUGGUUGUGAUGUUCCGUUAAACGAGAAUGCUCAAAAGGAAGACAGCGGUCGUAUAUUCUGUUUUUUACCCCUGCCACGUGAUGUGGAUUGUCAGACCGGUUUGCCUGUAUUGGUGCAUGGCGCGUUUGGAGUGACGGAUAACAGACGUGGUCUUCUGUGGCCUGGGAGUGAAUGUCAAAAUAAUGAAACUGCGGAGUGGAAUGUGCUAUUAGUAGCGAAAAUCUUAUCUUCUGUCAUCUACAAUGCUCUUAAAUCAAUUAUUACAGAUUGCCCAAUCACUGGUCUGAACGAGAUACAGAGACGUGAACUUGUGUACUCCAUUGUUCCGGAAUUAAACGGUGUUAUAGGCCACUGGAAUUCUUUACUAGACCCUCUUUUUCAAAAGUUAACACAACUGAAUCUAUUCCACGCUCAAUCCUCGAGUGGCACAUCUUGGAUAACCCUACAAGAAGGACUCCUGGAUCAAAUGGAAAAAGCCCUCGUGUUGCAAAAGACCAGAAACGCUGUCCUCGAAACACUAUUGAGAAAUUCCAAAGUAAUAAUAACAGAUCUGCCCGAUCAUGUGAGCGAAAUGGUUGAGAAAUACUUCGGUAAAAGACAAGAUAUUACCUCGGAAUUUUUUAGAAAUUUUCUAAGAAGUAAUUCUAUCCAGACAGCAUCCCAUGACGAUAAACUACUGUUGCUUGACUACGUUCUCCAUGAUGACCCACAGCCAGAAGAGCUUACAGGCAUUCCUCUACUUCCUUUGGCAUCUAGUAAGUUUGUUGCUUUUACCAGACAUCGUCAUGAUUCUGACCCAUCAUCGUCCAUCUUUGUGUCAGACGGUAGCUGUACUGAAGAUUUGCUGCCAAAUAUGGAAGAUCGCUUCUUAGACAAGAAUAUCUCUACAGAAACCUACGAGAAGUUGGUCACCAUGGCAACAGGUUUAUUGGAUGAAAUCAAGCCGACACAGAUGAUUACACUCACACCUGAGCUUGUCGUCGCAUGUUUGCGUUCAAGUCUUCCAGAUGAAUGGUUCAAUGCAAGCAACCAGAAAGACAUAAUUUCAUGGAACUCUGACAGUCCGAGGCAUCCGCCUGAGAAAUGGGUUAAUGAUAUAUGGCAUUGGAUCAAUGAUAAUUUUGAAUCUCUUGAGCAGUUCGAAGGGAUUCCACUAAUACCGUUACAAUCAGGUUUGGAGAAAGCACUCGGUGUUCUCUCAAAAAAAUCCAGAUUCAUAUUUAAUUCAGAUUCUUCUCAGAAUAUGCAGCUGCCUUCUCAAGUAGUUGGACUACUCAAAGCUGCUGGUUGUAUUGUGUUGCCCUGUACGUCGACGCUCUUAUAUGUGCGUCAUCCUGAUAUCAGCUCGUACAUAGCAUCUCCAGUGCCUGCCGAAGUUACGUUAAUGCUUGGCAAAUGUUCGAUGGAGUCUGCGGAUACCUACAUCAGGAGUUGUUCCAAGGACGCAAGAAAGAUUCUCCAAAGCUUCUUUUCUACCUCACAAGCGUUGUCGGAAGAGGAGAAGAACGUUUUACGCCGUUUACCUUUACUGGACACGGUUGAUGGUUCGUAUACAGCAGCCUUGGUAAGCGGGCAGUUUCUCAGUGUUGCGUCAUCGAAAUUCAAACUUCCAGAUGGCUUUAACUUUCGCAAAGCCAACCAAAUUAUCUCGUCUGCCGAACUUGAAUCGCUGGUUCGUUUGUUAGGUUUGGAGCCUAUUGAGCCGGCCGAUACUUUUUGCCAAUUUCUCUUUCCUGACAUUCAAACUCAGUCGGUUUACAGUCUGGAAGAAACAACUAGGAUCAUGUUGUGGAUUCUGGAAAGAAAAUGUGAGAUACAAAACGAGCAAUUCCUGAAGGAAAUCAAAGAUUUGUCAUUUCUUAGCACAAGAAACGGGGAAUUAAAGAAGCCGUGUGAACUAUAUGAUCCAAGUGAUCCUGUUCUAAUUCGUUUGUUCCUAGGGGAAGACAGCAAAUUUCCAUCAGAAGAGUUUUCUAUACUGAAUUCAAUCUUAAAAGAGUUGGGGCUUCGUGCACAAGACAUGAUUACCGCAUCGGAUCUUCUUGGUGUUGCUGAAAGAAUUGCGUUGUCAGAUUACCAUAGUGCGCUUGAGAAAGUCCAAGCAUUGGUUACAAUUUUUCAUCAGAGACCCGAAUUUCUUCAGUUACGUCUCGGUGGUAAUUCACUGAUAUCCAAAUUGGCUGAAUUCAAAUGGCUACCUCGCGCAAAGGAAUAUCCUCGCGAAACGGGUUACCCCAAUUUUAUGUGCAAUAAAUGGUACAGCAGUGAGACUAUAUUUUAUAAACCAGACGAACUAUUUCGCGAGUCUCACGCACUCCUUGUUGGAACGUCUGCACCGAUACUCGGCAUCAAAAUGAAUGAUGAUAUACAAAAUUCGCUUGGUAUUCAGAAACAGGUCAAUGUCAACAAAGUUAUCGAGCAUCUUAAAACAGCUAUCAGCAUUUGGCAAGAAGAAAAGCGACCAAAUUCUCAAUAUAAUGAAAUGCUCCAAACAAUCUAUCUAUAUCUUUCUAAAGUGCAUUCACAAGAUAUCAUAUCCGAAGCCAUUCAACGACAUGAUCUAGUGAAUUGGAUCUGGCAUGGAUCCGGUUUUUGCUCGCCGAAAAAAAUGGCUCUAGAAAAAGAUUUGCCAUUUGAGUUUCGGCCUCCACUUUUCUUACUGCCAGAUACUUUAAAUGACGGCGGAAUGCUCACAAGGUUUUUUGAAACCCACGGUGUGCGAGAACAGUUUUCUAAGGAAGAUAUCAUUUUGGUUUUGGCCGCCAUUAAAGAAGCGCACGAAGAUUCAACACGUCAGGUUUCUUCCAAAUGUCUGGAAAAAGAUUUAAAGUUUUGCCGCUCAAUACUAGAAUGGUUAGUUAACGAUGGACAAAGGUUAAGCGAAGAUCUACGAGCGAAAGUGUUUGUUCCAGUACAGAGCGAUGAAAACAAGUUGGUUUUAAAAGAAUGCGAGAAAUGUACGUACUGCGACCAGGACUGGUUGAAGCAUGGUAAAACUGAGUUGGAUAUUCCAGAUGAUUUCCAUCCUAUUCACGAGGAUAUUCCACCCAAACUGGCUAUCCUCCUUGGCGUACCUUCUCUGAGUUCUUGUUUACUCUCGUCCGAGUCUAUCGAGUUCGAACAGACGGGACCGUAUGAGCCGAUCACAACACGAAUCAAGAAUAUUCUUAAAGAGUACAAAGAAGGGGUUGGAAUCUUCAAAGAGCUAAUUCAAAAUGCUGACGAUGCAGGUGCUACUACAGUCAAGUUUUUGGUGGAUUGGAGGCAAGGUAAAACGGACAGUCUAUUUUCUCCCGACAUGGUCGACAGCCAAGGUCCAGCGUUGUGGGCUUACAAUAAUGCUGUGUUUACUGAUAAAGAUUUUGAGAAUAUCAACAAGCUAGCAGGAGGAACGAAAGUGGAGGAUCUUUCAAAGAUUGGUCGGUUUGGUCUUGGUUUUAAUGCUGUGUAUCACCUUACGGAUGUACCAAGUUUUAUCAGUAGAAACUAUCUGUGUAUUUUCGACCCAAAUGUCAAUCAUAUCUCAAAUCACAUUCGUGACAAAUCCCGACCCGGAAUUCGCAUUGAUCUUGCCAAGAAUUCAAGACCUUUGACAGCGUUUGCAGACCAGUUUUCUCUUUAUGAUGAAGUCUUUGGAUGCAAGACAGCCCUAAACAUUGGUGAGAAGUUUCAUUACCAAGGAACGCUAUUUCGGUUCUCUUUUCGCACAGAAUGUGAAGCAAAGAAUAGUGAGAUUUGCGAAACAGUUUACAAUCCCUCCAAAGUGAGAGAAAUCGUUCGCACUCUUCAACGAAGUGCCUCGCUCCUACUUCUGUUCACUCAAAAUGUUAAUCAUGUUGAACUACACGAACUUGGUUCAGCAGGGAAACCUCAAGACACAACUCUAGUACUUUCCAUCAACAAGGAAAUCCAAAACACAAAUACUGUAUCAGAGCCUUCCUACAUUAAGCAGUGCUCCGAGUGGUGGCAGAAAAAGUUAAAAAAGUUACCAUUGGAUGAAACCCCUUCAAGUUUGGAGCAGGUUAAAAUUGUGAAGAGGGAAAAUCCGUCAACAAUUACCGAUACCGAAACAUCUCUCGCCAAUAGCUGUAUGUGGCUUGUAUCAUAUUGUGUUGGAAAGGAUCGUUCAAUUAAGUUCGCCGCAGAAGAAGGACAAAAGGAUGGCUUGCUGCCACUUGCUGGUGCCGCAGCUUUAUUUCAAAGCAACUCAACCAAUAACAUGGUGGAUACCAAAAUUUUCGCCGCUGAACAAAUCGAAGGCGAAGCUUUCUGUUUUCUACCGCUCUCGAUUUCCACCGGACUACCUAUUCAUGUUAACAGCUCCUUCGCCGUUCGCUCAAAUCGCGAUGGAAUCUGGGAAAAGACAACUGCAGAGGAAAACCCAGAAUCUCGUUGGAACGACUGCCUUUUACAAGACGCGAUACCGGAGGCAUAUUUCAUGCUACUUUCUAGAUUGGUGGAUUUGUCAAAAAGUGGUUUCUUAUCACAGUUUGAUCAGCGCUUUCAUGAUUUUUGGCCACGUCUUGUGAACUGUAGAACGUCAUGGAGUACUCUCGUUUCGAGUUUCUAUACAAAGAUGGUACAGCGAGAUUUGAAGUUAUUUUGCAGCAACGGAGAGUGGAUGAGUAUUACUGAUGGAUAUAUCUUGGAUGAUGAACUUCGAAAGUAUCAGGAUGACAGAGUAAUUAAAACGUUGCAAAGUCUUGGUAAAUACGUUUUUGAUCUUCCAUCCGAUGUAAUCAAUGCAAUGAAAAAUUCCGUUGAUAGUUCUGUCAGUACUGUUCUUAAGGACCGAACCUUAAGCCUUCUGUCAUUCUUCGAGCAUUUCUUGUUCCCAAAUUUACCCUCCAUCUCAGCUUACCUGCGAAAUCCUAUUGUACACCAUGGACUACAUUACAUCUUCCAGGAGUCAAGAGAAGAUUGGAGGCAGCUUGAGUCUUUGUACAAGAAGUCUGCAUGCAUUCCGUGUUCUCCCGAUGGCCAAAAACUAGCACGACCGUGUCGUCUAAUCAACCCGAAUGUUGAAAUUAUUGCAGUUUUGUAUUCGCCUGAAGAAAAUCGAUUUCCUUUUGGAGAGCUCAAUAAUAGUCAACUGAAUGCCCUAGAGAAGCUUGGAAUGGUUAAAGAUCUGUUAAGUUGGAACGAAAUUUGCGGACGUGCGAAGUCUAUUGAGGAGUUAGCAAUGAAAGACAAAGAAGCAGCAUUACAGCGCUCGCGAUUUCUUAUCAAAUACCUACGCUACAAUAUUGGAUAUCUGGAAGAAAAGCAGGGUAGUUUGAGUAGUCACCUUCUUCAGAACAUAAAGUUCUUACCAGUGCGUCUCACUCCUCCAGCGACUUAUAAACUCCCAUGGAAAGGAGCUGAGUUUCAUACCAUAGAAUUCCGUAAUCCUAGUGACCUUUUCUUGCCGAAAAAUGUCAAUCUUACUGGCUCAUCUUGUUUAAUCGUGGAUGAUACUGACCAAAAUGGAUGCGGUUCGCUGCAAGGCCUCGAAAAUGUGCUCAGUUUCUCAGAACGUCCAAGUUGCCAGCAUGUGUUGCAACAGUUGGAAAUCACCAGAGAAUCAAAUGCGGACGACAACGUGAAAAUUACAGUUUGCAAACUGGUUUACAGACAUCUUAAUGACGAAUUAACCAAGAAUCCAGAUGCUGAAGUUAUUGAAAAGCUUCAAAGUAUGGCGUGGUUGUUUCUUGAUGGAAAGUUUGUUGAGAACAAAAUGAUCGCGUUGGAUUGGAAAGGAUACGCCGUCCCGUUCCUGUACAGUGUAACUGACGAAUACAAACGAGAAUUUGCAGAACUUCUCAAAAUAAUAGGCAUAAAGAAAGUAUUUACACCCAGAGAUUUUCUCCAAGCACUGGAUUCCCUCCGAGAAUCUAAGAAAGAUUCCUGCAUGAAACGUAACGAUAUAGAUCUGGUAAUGACUUUGAUCAACGAACUGAAAAACCACCACGAUGCUUCUGUGGAACAACGAGUUGGUACAAUCCCACUGCCUGACACCCAAGGUGUGUUAUUCAAUAGCGAAGAUCUAACAAUUCCUGAAAGUUUUCGUGUGAAAUAUGGUAGAAAUGAGCGCUACAUUCAUUCGGAUAUUAACCAAAACAUUGCCCUCAAGCUUGGAGCGAAAUCAUUGCGCACUAGAAGAAGAGAGAAGUAUAGUAACACGAUGUCUAUAUCUUCUUUUGGGCAAAUUGAGAAACUAACCGAUCGAAUAAAGAACAUCCUAAAAUCAUACCCUUGCGAUGUCGGCAUCCUGAAAGAACUCGUUCAAAACGCAGAUGACGCGAAGGCAACUGAAGUACAAUUCAUUUACGACAAGCGAACACUUCCCCAUGAGCGCGUCCUUCAGGAUAACGCGAAGAAAAUCCAAGGACCAGCAUUAUGUGUUUACAACAACAAGUAUUUCAGCGAACAUGAUUUCGACGGAAUUUGCAAACUUGGAAUUGGAAGCAAACAAGAUGACCCUGCAAAAACAGGUCAGUAUGGGAUUGGAUUCAACGCUGUCUACCAUUUAACGGAUUGUCCAAGUUUCUUGUCAGACGAUAAUAACGAUAUUACACUAUGUAUCCUUGAUCCACAUUGUGAAUACAGUCCUGAAGCAACCCAGGAAGCUCCCGGUGGAAGAUACGACAACAUUGACGACGACUUUAAAGACAUCUUUUCUGAUACAGUUAGCGGUUACCUCGGAGACUUCGGUGAUCAUUUCCCUCUGAAAGGUUCCACUAUGUUUCGACUUCCAUUGAGAACCGAUGAGCAAUCAAGAACAUCAAAAAUAUCAAACCGUCCUGUUGCGAAUAAAGACAUGAUGGGUCUGUUCAGCAAAUUUCAAAAUGAAGCGAAAAAGUUGUUGCUUUUCCUCAAUCACGUUAAGAAAAUUGGUUUGUGGGAAAUCGAUGAGAAUUGUGAGUUGAAACAGUUCUACUCUGUGGGCUCUCUGCUUGAACAAAAGAAUGAGAAGAAACUACCUGAGCUACAUUCUCACUUGCAAUUCUAUAAGAAUGUAGCAACUUCCGCUGUGCCCAUUAAAGACACGACGUAUACCAUCUGUAUUCAGGACACUGGCAAAUUAGAGGAAAAUUGGCUUAUUCAUCAAAGAUUUGGCAUCAAUACUGAAACAAGAACAGAAGAACAAACUCCAAACGUUUGUGAUCUUGGUUUGUUUCCCGUGGUGCCGUUGCAGCACUCUUAUCAGCGAAUCAUGGUCGCAGUCGCAGCGAAGAAUAUGUGGCUUACUGUUUCCUGCCUUUGCCCGUGA